GGACUUAACUGUAUUUACCUUUUGGGGCCAUCCUUUUAGUGUUUCUGGGAAAGUUGUAGUACACUGAAAAAAAGAAAUUUAAAAACAAUGACAAAUAAUUAGGCAAAGAGUGUCAAAGGGAUUAGAAAAAAUAAGAUUAAAAAGCUUAGUCUUAAGUCAUCUCAGGUCUUGUCCAAUGGCAUGGAAACCAAACCAUUGAUGCUUUCUCUUGUGGACUACAAUAAUAUCAAAAGACAAGCCCAUCAACUCCUUGAGAAUUUGAUUCAUAAAGCUUCUGUAAAAAUUAAAACUCGCUCUUGGUAAAGCAACGAUUAAGAGAAAUUCGAAAAAUCACUUUGGCUUCUAUCAAAAGUCACCCGAUAUUUAGAAAAACCAGAACCAGCACUGAACUUAAAGAAAAACUUCCUUGUAAUGAUUAUGCAUUCGAUUUUACCAGUAGAGAAAACAGCGUUUGGUUUACAACUAAUAAAGCACAAAGACAAUCUGAAAAUUUCUCUGAGAAUUGCAAUAAUAGCCAAAUCACAUGAUCUCCAUUUCAUAACUCGAUCACCCCCAUAAAAUAUUCCUCCUCUAAAGUC